AUGUCCAUGCUCACCUAUCCCUUCCCCGCCUACGAUCACCGCCCGCCAGCCAGCGCACUCGGCUUCAAAUGGACGAUCUAUAAGAGAUCUCCAAAAGCAUAUAGGUACAUGCAAAAAGUCCUGCCUCUACCAAGUGAAAGAACUUUGCAGAGAAUGUUGAAAGAACUUCAUAUACAACCAGGGAUAUAUGAUAAUAUUUUAAAUAACCUUACACAUAAAACUGCACAAUUAGAAGAACAAGACAAAUAUUGUGCAAUUUUGUUUGACGAAAUUGCGCUAAAAAAGUGUUUAAUUUAUAAUGACCAUGAUGACCAUGGCCCUGGAGAGGGCAUGGAAAGAACCAAUCAGUUGGCAGACCAUGCCCUUGUAUUCAUGAUCCAGGGCCUAAGGUUCAAAUUCAAACAGCCAAUUGGCCAUUAUUUCGUAGAAGGCACGAUAUCCUCACAAAAGCUAGCCAGUAUUAUAAAAACAGUUAUAAAAAAAAAUUCCGAGACAGGUUUUAAAGUAAUCACUAUUGUAUGCGACCAAGGCCCUACAAAUGUAGGAGCCAUCAAUUUAUUAAAGCAUUUAUGCAAUCUGGAUCGGGGAAAAAAUUAUUUCGUGACGGAGGGAGAAAAAAUUAAUAUAAUAUAUGACAUACCUCAUUUAUUCAAAUCCCUCCGUAACAAUUUUUAUAAUGCUGGUUUAAUUAAAUUUAAUGGAAAAUUGGGCCAAUGGAGUCAUAUAAAAAAAGCUGAGGAGAGAAAUAGAAGUUUUUUAAAUUUUAAUAAAUUGACUCCAUUGGUCGUAAACCCAAAUUAUAAAAUAAAAAUGAAAGUAAAGUAUGCAGCACAUGCUUUAAGCAAUACAAUGGCAGCAGUACUUAAAAUGAUGGCAUGGAGGGAUGACAAUGCAGAAGCCAUUGGUGAAACUGCAUAUGUUGUAGAACAAUUAGAUAAAUUAUUUGAUUGUACCAAUGGCCCUGCUUCAUCCAAAGAUAUUAAAAAGGGUAUUCGGGAGAAUGUUUCCGAAAAAACAAAUCAUGUUGCGUCCUGGAAUUAUUAUUUACAAGCAAUGCAAACCCUAAAGUUCAUAAAUGCAACAACAUUUAAAGAGUCUAAGAAUGUUCGUUGCAUCAAAGGAUUCCAAAUAUCUUUAAACUCUUUAAAAGGUAUUUGGAAUCUUUUGAGUAAAGCUGGGUUUAAAUAUUUGAAUUUGAGGCAAUUAAACCAGGACUCACUGGAGUUUGGCAACAUUCGACAACACAGUGUAACAAAUAAAAAUCCGACAUGCUCACACUUUACCGCGGCGUUAAAAUCCUGUAUAAUAAGUGGUUUAACAGGUCCACAUAGCCGCGGUUCCAAUUGUGAAGCUGAUUCAAAUGAACUUUUUAUGACUUUUGUGGAAUUAAAUCGAUUAAGUAGAAAAGAAGAAAGCAAAUCAGCUAAGCAAGCAAAUCUAUUGGAAGAAAUUGAAAUUGGAUACUAUUCUAGUGACAUUUCUUACCCUGUGUUGUCACUUCCCGAAGAUCCUACAAUAGAGGAAUACGAAUUGGAUUUGUACUCAUUUGAAGACCAACCAGUUGUCUAUGUCAGUGGUUAUUUAGCUGCAAAAUUAUUAAAUAAAAGUACUUGUGUUAACUGCAAACAGUUUUUGUCCAUAGAUGAUCCUAAGGAUGACAACUUAUAUAAUUAUGUAUCCUUUAGAGAGUGGUGGCAAAAUAAAAGAACGUUAACAUAUCCAUCUAAAAAAUUAUGCCAAUGUGUGAAUGAUGCAAAAAAAUAUUAUAUCUCUAAUAGGAUACACAAGUUAAAUAUUGGGCAAGAAUGCUGUUUGCUGUUAAAUAUUAACUGUGAUUUUGCAUGGCUCCGUUGUCAAAAACAUUAUGUUGAAGUGACAGAAAAUUUAAUACGGAGCCUCAGUAGUCUUUUCAUAAGAAAGACUUGCAAAAUUAUAAAUGAUCAGUAUAAAGUAACUGAAAGUGAAUUAGCAGCUAAAAAUAAAGUAAUGCAACAGAAAAGAACGGAAGCCAGUAAAUAG